GCAGUGCUCUUCGUGCCCACCACUAGCUUCUUCCAAACUUACAGUCCAAGCAACCAACUCAACACAUCUCUUGUUUGUGUUCUCCUAGUAAUCCAAGUAAUAGUUUGCAUUAGCAACCAUAAGAUCACUUGUUGCACUUGUCACGGAUCACUAAAGACACAAAAAAGAGUGUACUUAAUUAGGUUAACUAUGGCCAUGAAGAUCGAACUAAUAAUCACCACCAUGAUCCCCUUGAUCUUCCUCAUGCACUUCACCACCACCACCAUCAGCCCUAGCGCACAGCCCUCAUGGCUCUUCUCCCUCCUGUCCAUCUCCCUCGCCGUGGCGGCGGUCAUCCUGCCAUUCGCCGUCACCACCCGACAUGCACGUAGCAGGAAUAAUGGCGCCGCCGCCGCCGCCAUCCCGGGGCCGCGGGGGUGGCCGCUGGUCGGCUCCCUGCCCGCCGUGUCCGGCCCGCUCAUGCACCGCCGCCUGGCCUCGCUGGCCGACACGCACGGCGCGCGCCGCCUCAUGUCGCUCACCCUCGGCGCCACGCCAGUGGUGAUUAGCAGCCACCCGGACACCGCGCGCGAGAUCCUCUCCGGCGCCGCCUUCGUCGACCGCCCGCCCAAGGCAGCGGCGCGGGAGCUCAUGUUCACCCGCGCCAUCGGCUUCGCCCCCGCCGGCGAGUACUGGCGCCGCCUCCGCCGCGCCGCGGGCGCCGGCAUGCUGUCCCCGCGCCGCCUCGCCGCGCUGGAGGGCCUCCGCUCCCGCGUCGCCGACGGUAUGACCGCGCGCGUCGCCGGCGCGAUGGGGAGGUCCGGCGAGGUGGCCAUGAGGGCACUGCUCCAGAAGGCAUCCCUGGAGAGCAUGGCCGGAAGCGUGCUCGGCCUCGAGGGCGGUGCGUUGAGCGAGGAGCUCGGUGAGAUGGUGAGGGAAGGGUACGAGCUCGUGGGCACCUUCAACCUGGGAGACCACUACUACACAACGCUGUGGGGCCCGCUGAUGGACCUCUGGGGGGUGGGGCCCGCGUGCAGGGGGCUGGCAGCUAGGGUUAGAGGGUAUUUUGGGAAGGUCAUCGAGGAGAGGAGGGUGGCAAGGGACUGCCACGACAGGGAUGACCUGCUCAGCUACAUGCUUUCACUGCCAGAGGAUGAGAGGUUGGAGGACUCUGAUGUGAUUGCUGUUCUUUGGGAAAUGGUCUUUCGUGGGGUGGACGUCGUAGCCAUACUCCUAGAGUGGACCAUGGCCCGCGUUGCUCUGCAUCCUGACAUCCAAUCCAAGGCGCACGAGGAGAUUGAUGCAGUGGUGGGUGUCCAUCGUCCCAUCACCGAUGCGGACAUCCCCAACCUGCACUUCCUCCAAUGCAUUGUCAAGGAGACCCUCCGUAUGCACCCACCAGGGCCACUCCUAUCCUGGGCACGUCUGGCAGUGCAUGACGCCCGUGUGGGUAAGUAUGUCGUGCCUGCAGGGACCACCGCUAUGGUGAACAUGUGGGCCAUAUCCCAUGAUGAGGCUAUUUGGGGAGACCCAUGGGCGUUUCGACCAGAGAGAUUUAGAGUGGAGGAUGUGAGUGUGUUGGGCUCCGACCUGAGGCUAGCACCUUUCGGGUCGGGCCGAAGAGUAUGCCCCGGCCGGAUGAUGGGCCUCUCCACCGUGCAGCUUUGGCUGGGUCGGCUCUUGCAAGAGUAUGAGUGGUCGCCGGCCAAGCCCGUAAAGCUUGCAGAGUGCCUCCGCCUGUCUAUGGAGAUGAAGCAACCCUUGGUCUGCCGUGCAGUUCGUCGUGGAGAAGCUGCUUAAUCAACUAAACUUCGAUGGUGAAAUGCCAGCUAAGCUUUGCUGUAAAUUAAAGGAGGAAGAUGCACCGAUGUAAAUAAUCCAUGCUGGUUUGUGUUUGAGUAAUUGUGUUAGUAUUUGUAAGAUUGUAUCUAUGUACUGUAAUGUACCACACCUGUACUCUAGAGGUGGCUACUAGACUUGAUCGAGCAAUUUGUACUAUUGUUAUAUGUAUACCUGCCUUAUUGGACCUUUUUUUGUUUUGAUCAAUAAAUUUUCAGUACCAAUAGCUUUUAUUUC